UCGACAGAAACAGCACUUUAGAUUAUUUGUUUAGUUUUUCUUUGCCGAAAUGACUCGCAUCACGUUAACCAUUUUGGCAACGUUGAUAAUAUAUCUCACUUACCAAACUAUAGUAAGUGAAGCGCUAGCUACUAGCGUUUCAAACCCCGCCAAUGGAGAUAAUUUGGUAAGCGACGACACGUUGGGAAAAUCAGUGAAUGCUUGGCUUAAGAGUACAUACAACCGAAGAACACCCGGUCUCACUGCUGGCAACCGGUUUGGAGCACUUGCUUUACUGCGCCGAUCACCACCACCUCCAAUGGAUUCGGGAGUUUCGGGAGGAAAACUUCCGCUUGCCUACAUCUCGGAUGUGGGCCUGAUCGAGGAUGAUAGUGUGGACAAAAGAUUCGACGACUACGGCCACAUGCGAUUCGGAAAGCGCGGUGGCGAGGGCGACCAGUUCGAUGACUAUGGUCACAUGCGGUUCGGGCGGUAAAAAGUUCAGUGAUAGCGACUCCUAACUGUGUAACUGCUUGGCGGCUGGUGACUUCUUUUCGUUUGGUUGAGUUGUUUGCCAAUAGGAAGAAAAAUUGAGAAAACAAUAUGUUAAUAAAUAAGUGAAAAAUGUGCUGAUACUCAA